AUGAUGAAUUCUCUGUUGCAGGGCUAUCGCCCCACUUUCAAGCCCCAUCCUCUGGGGCGGGAGGCGGAGUCUCUUCUGCUUUUGAGCCCUGCACAACAGAUGUGCUACUACAAUGGGAAAUUGUUUGGCGGAUACAUUGCCCUAUUGAUGGACCGCAUCAUUGCCGAUUGUUGCAAACCAGCGGUGACAGCCUACCUGAACACGUCUUAUCUCCAAUCGGUUCCACCAACAGCUCCGAUACUUCUUCGUGCAUGGCCUGAUAGGGUUGAAGGUCGCAAGAUUUUCCUAAAAGGGUCCCUCCAGAUUCCAGGAAAGGCUUCUCAAGAUUGGAUUGAGGCAGUCAAAACGGAAGCUUUGUUUAUAGGGCCGAAAGAUCCGGAAUAA